GGUGUUUUGGGGUAUUUUAGGGGCGCGACGACUACAGCGGGCCGGGUCACCUUCGUUCUCUCCGUCAUGGAGACCUCAGCGUCCCAGCAGCAGCAGCCUGCGGCGGCCAAGACCAAAAACCUGCCCUGGGUUGAAAAAUACCGGCCACAGACAUUGAAUGAUCUCAUUUCUCAUCAGGACAUUCUGAGUACCAUUCAGAAAUUUAUCAGUGAAGACCGACUGCCACACUUGCUUCUCUAUGGUCCCCCAGGGACAGGAAAGACAUCCACCAUCCUAGCCUGUGCUAGACAGCUAUACAAAGACAAAGAAUUUGGCUCCAUGGUCUUGGAGCUGAAUGCUUCAGAUGACCGAGGAAUAGAUAUCGUUCGGGGACCAAUCCUGAGCUUUGCUAGCACAAGGACAAUAUUUAAGAAAGGCUUUAAAUUAGUGAUCUUGGAUGAAGCCGAUGCCAUGACUCAAGAUGCCCAGAAUGCCUUGAGAAGAGUGAUCGAAAAAUUCACUGAAAAUACCAGGUUUUGCCUCAUCUGUAACUAUUUGUCAAAGAUCAUCCCCGCCUUGCAGUCCCGGUGUACAAGGUUUCGAUUCGGUCCCCUGACUCCUGAUCUCAUGGUUCCCCGCCUGGAACAUGUGGUAGAAGAAGAGAAAGUUGAUAUAAGUGAAGAUGGAAUGAAGGCACUUGUAACUCUUUCCAGCGGAGAUAUGCGCAGAGCUCUGAACAUUUUGCAGAGCACCAAUAUGGCCUUUGGAAAGGUGACAGAGGAGACUGUCUACACCUGCACAGGGCACCCGCUCAAGUCAGACAUAGCCAACAUUCUAGACUGGAUGUUGAAUCAAGAUUUCACCACGGCCUACAGAAAUAUUAUGGAGUUGAAAACUCUGAAGGGGUUGGCAUUACAUGAUAUCCUGACUGAGAUACACUUGUUCGUGCACAGAGUUGACUUUCCAUCUUCAGUUAGAAUACAUUUAUUGACCAAGAUGGCAGAUAUUGAGUAUAGGCUUUCAGUUGGCACCAACGAAAAGAUUCAGCUGAGUUCCCUCAUUGCUGCUUUUCAAGUCACCAGAGACCUGAUUGUCGCAGAGGCCUAGAUGCUCCAAGGGCCCCGUUGGCCACAAGUCUCAGGGCCCAGUAGUGAUUGGAGAACAGAGGACAGUUACAGGAUGAAUCACAGACACCCCAAGUCUUGGAAACCUCUCAGAUAGGGGCGUGGUGCAGACAUUUAAAAAGUACUGUUUUGUGGUUGUUUGGAGCAGGGAUAUACAAAACAACUUUAAGGUAUGAUCAUCUUAUCGCACUAUCCGUCUGUGUUUCAUACUGGGGAAAAACUUAUUUUUUCCCCUUUUUUUUAAAGCCGUAAAGCUUUUACCUUUCAGUUGCAUAGAUAACAGGAAUUGGCUUACCCCAUUUUGGUCUGAAACAUAAAGGUUUUCCAACUCAAGGUAAAUAGCGUCUCCAAAAUUAAGUUUAUGAUUCUGAUCUUUGGCACAGUCUCCAUAUCUAACUUUAAAUAGUUGUUAAUGGAUUUCUGGCCAAAACUGUGUUGCUCUUAUAAAAUGACUGAAUCCUUAGCUUUGAAAACUUGUCUUUUUUAUUUACCCUUUUGAAGUAGAAGAGUUAUCAGCAGGUUCCAAAUUGCUGGGGGUAUGAAGAAAAAAAAUUAAUAUAGAGCUAACCUGAAAUUAUGCCAUUGGGGGCCAGAGGUUGUAUAAAACACUUGUUUAAUGCAGGGAGGGCAUGUGAGAUUAAGCCUGACUCUAAACCUAGAACUGCUGAUUGGAUUGGGGCUUUUGUAGAUUUAACAUUUAUUUUACAGCAACUCUGCUGCAUUUAUGUUAGUGUUCUUUACAAUAAAAACAAAGCAGCUUGCUUGCUGGUUGUGUUACAAGUGACUCCUCUCUCCUUAGCCAGCUAUAAAGAUGCUGACUUGUCCAGCUUGCAUUUACAUUAAGACCGCCUGUCCCUAAUAUCACAGAGUAAACUUUCUUUGGAGGCUGUUCUUUAUACAGGUGUCAAAUUCUUACACUGUCAAAAGGGAGAAGUCAGUGAUUUCCUUUAUUCAUGGAGGACUCGCUCCCCAAGGACACCAGCAACCUUUGAAGCUAAUGGCCAAGCUGGGCCUUCAGACCACCCAGGGCCUCUCAGACUGCUAUAUGUGAUGUUUCAAGAUAACCGUGAAAUGUAAAAGUUGGCUAGCCCAUUCCCAGCCCUUCUGUUGUACUACUUGUUUUAAAAGGGGAUUUUUUUUUUUUCUUAAUGGAAAAAAUGAAACAGAGAGCCAAAGCUUUUAACUUUUUUUUUCCUUCAAUGAAAGCCUCUCAUUUGGAAAUGUUUUUCUUCAAGCAACAAAGGUGGUAGAGGAAAUUCCUCGACUUUCUCAACAAGUCAUAAAACAUUACGCUGGCCUCCAUAGAGCACCAAUUAAGAAAGCUAAAGAACAAGAUGUUGCAUUUCUUUUAAAAUAAUUUAAAAUAUAUUAAAUUUUCCUAAGGCA